AUGUCACCUGUUUUGUCAUCUUCGUUUGGUCCUGGUUCAUAUAACACAUUCAAUAGCUUGGGCGUUGAUCCUUCUGUCCAUUCUCCUGUAGGAUCAGUUGUCUCUUCGUCAAUGCUGUCCAGUUCAAACCCCGCCCACCUUCAUCACCAUUAUCACUACUACUAUCAUCCCGAGAAUACUGAUAUUGUACAAGGGAAUUUAUUCGGUGAGCUGGAGAAAAAAUACAGUAAAAAACCAAGAUCAAAAGGACCUAAAAUCAUACGUAACUCGAAAAAAAAUAGAAGAGGAGGAAUUCCCGAAUUCGUCGAUGAAAAGACUGAAGACCGAUAUAAUGAUGAAAAUAUGGCUCAAUCCGAGGUUACAGGAAAGAAAUACGUCCGAUCAGAGGGUGAAGACAGUGCGUCAGAUCGAGGUUAUAAUACUGGUCCCAAUGAAGAGAGAGAUGAUAUGGCCAGUAAUGUUUCAGAGAAAAGACCAAAUGUUUCGUUGUUAUCUGUUGGCCUCAGGUCGGUUGCAGAAGAAUCCAAUACGAUCAAUCAAGCAAAAGAACAAGAGAGAGAAAAAUCUCCAACGAAGAUAACUUUUGAGAAAGACUCAGAUCGCAGACCUCCAUUAGUUAAUUCUGCAAAACGACCCAAUUUGGCCAAAGUAUCAACAGCUACAACUUCAGCUCAACAACACAAGCCAACGCAGUCAUCUCCAUUAGCUGUUCAUCGUCGUAAUGCUUCAGGUGUUUCCGUAGCGGUCGAAGAUCCUCAAUCUUCUAGUUCACCUGCCAUGGAUCAAAAAUCUAAAGAAUUGCAGACGAAACCUAGUUUACCAGCUUUCAAAAAUCCAAAGUUUGCUACUCUUGGACCCAAAGAACGUAAAAUUAUGAUGGAAACUUGGCGUGCUAAUGUUGCUAAAGAACAACAACAAAAGGGUACUAGUAUAGAAAAUAAUGGAUUCAGUAAUAACGUAAAAAUUGAAAAUCAAUCGACUGUUAAUAAUGGUAGCGAUUCUACCACUAUAAAAGGCAAAUUUUGGAAUGAUAUGCCCAAUUCUCCAAUCAAAAUAUUUGUUGAAGGAGUUUUGGCAGAUGAGACUAAUCUUUCUGCUGCCGAAGCUGCUGCUUUUGCUCAUGAAGUUCAAAAUGGAUUAACAGUCUCUGGUACUAAAUCUGCUCAUUCUUGCCAGGCUUCUACUUCAACCCCAUUGCUCAUCACUAAUGAUGUUAACGGAUCUAAGCGUGAAUCUCAGCUUUCUGAAUCUCUUCAAAAUCAAAAUCCUUAUCAAUUGUUAUUUAACCUUGCUAGCCAUAUUAUGGAUCGCAUGAAAGGCACAGAUUUAAUGGCCCUUAAUCGUAGAUUAAAGAGAUCAUUUGAUAUUUUAGAAUUGACUAAUUUAAGUAAUAAUUUGAUUGAAAAUAUUCUGAGUGAUGUUGAGAAUUUCAGAGAACGUUUCAGAUGGGUUGAAGAACUAUGCAACAAUGAUGAAAUGAAAACAAAUCCGAAAAUGGCUUUUAAUGAUUUGAAUGGUUCCGAGAAUGAUAAAAACCAAAAGGAUCUCUUUAUGUUUUCACCUGAAUAUUUCUUACCAUUGGUGCAUCUUUUACAAGAUCUUUUGAAUGAAAUAGGCAAAUUACGUAUGACAAUUAAUGAUGUUCAAGUAUCUUAUGUGCAAAAAGUAGAGGAGAAUCGCCGAAAAGCUGAAGAGGAAUUUGGUAAGAGUGUUUUAGGCGGAAAAGAUAACGAACAAAUCAAAAGAAAAGAAAGAGCGCUUAGUCAAAGUAGUGAUGGUGGUUUUGGAGCAUAUCUUAGUCGAGUCUUUGGAGGAGUAAAAGAAACUCAAUCCGUAACACCUGUACGCCAUCAUAACCGGCGACUAUCAGUAGACUUCCUACAUGAUCGUGAUGUUUCUGUUGGUAGUAUCGAUACCUUUGCUGAGGACAAUUAUUAUAUAGAUCGUAAUUUGGAGUCAUAUUUGAGGUCGCCAGAUAAUCAAAGAGUUUAUAAAAGAAGAGAGAGCAAUGAUUCAUCGGUUGGGUCAAUUGUAAGGCGUGGGGUGAUUACUUUAUUUGGAGGAGUCGGUAACAGCACUUCUGGAAAGAAGAAUCAGAAGAUCGACAGAGCCGUAAACGCCAAAAAUGGAAAAACGAAAUAUGGAAAUGCACUAGCUAGUCGUAGUAUUAACGGACAUCAACGAGACAUUCCAUCCAAUAAUCGACACAUUCGUAAUUCAUUGGAUAUAUCGACAAUACCCAUAAGAUCUCCAAUGUCGACUGACAAUAACAAUUUACAAAGUCGCCUGCGGCAACAUUUAGCAACAUCACAGCCAAAUACAAUGAGAGAUCAGAAUAUUGAUGAUUAUAAUGGAUCAAUAUGGGACAAAUUCUUUGGCGCUAAAUAG